AUGCGGUUGCCCCCGAAGAUCAAGAUCCCAAGUUUUGAGAGGUUCGAUGGGACCAAGGACCCACGUCACCAUCUCCGCCAUUAUCAGAGCAAGAUGCUACAAUACUGGGACUACGAGGAAUUCAUCAUUCAAACAUUCCAGGACAGUCUCACGGGAUCAGCACUAGACUGGCUUAUGACUUUAAAGGCAGGAGACAUUCGCACUUGGGCCGAUCUUUCUCAGAAGUUCCUCGACCAGUACAGAUUUUGUGCGGAGACACCCCCCACCCUCCUAGAGUUGAGCACCAUGGAGAUUAAGGAAAAUCAAGCUUUUGAAGCCUAUGCAUCGAAGUGGAGGGGGAAGGCAGCAAAGCACAUACCCCCAAUCAGUGAGAUCCAACAGGUUCAACUGUUCCAUUCCACGCUGAAAGGUGUAUACUACUCGCACUUACUGUCUCACGCUUCCUCAUUCUUCGAACUCAUUGAAGCUGGGAAGAAACUCGAUAUGGGCAUUAAAUUGGGAAGGAUUCAAGGACCCACCAAAAAGAAAGAAGAGGAAGCACUAAAGAAGCACACUGCUGGUACCUCUAGAAGGACCAAAGAUGCCACCGUUAGCACUGUCAAUUCGGGACGUCAAUCCUCGCAAUCAAUUUCGGUGGAUUAUACCCCUGCACCGCAGACUUAUCAGACAUAUGCACAUCCCGUGCAUUAUGUACAGCCCUAUCAGUCACAUAAGGCCUAUCCAUCAGCCCCGCCAACUGUCAUUUAUCCGCCAUCUUCGCAACAGUACACUCCCGCUCAAGCACAGCAAAACAAAGCUCCGGCUUCGAGAUGUCCUCAGCUGGCUCAACGUGCUCCAACUCCAAGAGCUCAACAAAGCAGUGCUGCUCAAUCACGUCCACGCAAGCAGUACACCAAUCUUCCGGCUCCUCUAUCUCACAUAUUCCGACAACUCCUCGCAAGCAAUAAGAUCAAAACUGAGGCACCUGGUCCUAGCUUUGAUCCCAUGGUGCAGAAUCAAAAUAUGCACUGUGAGUUUCAUCAGGGAGCCCUCGGUCAGACUCUAGAUACUUGCUGGAGACUUCGAGAUAGAAUCCAGGAGAUGAUCGACGCGAGGCAGAUUUCCUUCAAUGAGGUGAAACAGUCGAAUGUGCGCGUGAAUCCCCUCCCUGACCAUGGAUCAGGCCCAAGAUAUUCCAUCAACAUGAUCAGUACAUGCGCUAUUGGAGAAGAGGAGGAGACACAGGAAUCCCCGGCUUCAUUCAUCAUUGAAUAUGUUUCGGCAGAAGUAGCAGUGGCAUCCGCCCCGUUCAUCAUCGAGGUUCCCGCAAAGGAGCCCUAUCAAGAUAACCGAGUUCCCUGGUACUACGGGGGUGAGGUUGCCAAUGUUGAGCAGGAGUUGAGCGCAAUGGGCAUUACGCGUUCAGGAAGAGUUUACCAAGGGCUGGAGCUUACAGACGAGGGGAAAGCUUCUGCUGUCGCACUCAAUGACAACUUGAGAGCCACAUCCACCCCCACAAAGAAGGUAUCAGAAGAGGAAGCUGAAGCUUUCAUGAAAGUAAUUAAAGCGAGCGAAUACAAAAUAGUUGAACAAAUGAGCAAGUCACCGGCCCAUAUCUCAUUGCUAUCACUACUUCCAAGUUCCGAACCGCAUCGGGACGCUCUUCUGAAGGUUCUCACCGCAGCACAAGUGCCAAAGAAGACUACACCAGAGAGGAUCGAGGAGACUGUGAGCUCUAUUUUCUCGAAUCAGAUCUCCUUUUCGGAAGACGAAGUUCCUUUGGUGGGACAAGGACACUUGCGUUCAUUGCACAUUGUCUGCAAGUGCAACAAUCACGUCGUCGGUCGAGUUAUGAUCGAUAACGGUUCGGCUCUUAACGUGUGUCCCGUCUCCACGUUGAAACAGAUGAACUUGGAUAUGAGCCACAUUCGUGCAAGCAAAACGACUGUUCGAGCCUUCGAUGGCUCAAGGAGAGAUGUAAACGGGGAAAUUGACCUUCUUAUUGACGUAGGACCAUGCUCAUUCUCCGUCACCUUCCAGAUUCUCGAAAUCCCCAAUGCAUUCAGUCUCUUGCUGGGAAGACCUUGGAUUCAUGCGGCCGGCGUUGUUCCUUCCUCUCUAUAUCAGAAGUUGAAGUUCUUUGUCGAAGGCAAGCUCAUCACUUCUUUCGACACCCUCUCCGUGAUUAGAGAUUACGGAGAAGUCGGUCCAUCCCGGACCGAUCGCAUGAUAGGGAAAGUUCUGUUGAAGAAUGAUUACGUCCCCGGAACUGGACUCGAGGCACGUGCACAAGGAAUCCUCCGACCAAUUGAAGUGAAGGAGUACCGCAACAGGAGGGGACUUGGUUUUCGCCCCUCUUGUCACGAGAUUGUGCAGGCUCGGCGUGGAAAACAUCUCCACCAACUCGUUGCACAUUAUGGAAAGCUCUCUAGGAGCAUCUCCGUUCCACCACUUUCGCAGUUCUUCCCUGCACCACCGCUGGUCAUGGGAGGCUCCUCCGAGACCCCAUUCACUGAAUCAGAUGACUUCUCUUUGGAUGCAGCUGAAGCAUUCUUGGCUUUGCCAGCCAUAUAUGCCAUCACUGAGGAGACAUCUUCCGGGGUUCAUGUCCACCCUGCAUGGGAGGAUGAGGAGCUUACCAACUGGACUUCAGUUCCGCUCUAUUCGGCCACAGUUGCCGAUGUGUAA